AUGAGGCAUGAGUUUGAGCACUAUCCCAAGCAUAUGAUUCGUGAUGUGAAGAGGUGGGACCGGUUUCUUGAAGUCGUGAAAGAAAGCAAAGAUGAGGAGAAGUUCGAGAAGAUAGAGAAGAGGGGUGUGAGCAAAAAGAGGAAAAGAGGUAAAGAUAACGAGGAUGAUGAUGAUGAAGAGUGGACCGGUGAGAGUGAAGAUGACAAAGAGCUUGUGAGAAAAGCAAAUAAUAGGCCAAAGUAUUCUACAAGAUCAAAGGACCGUGACAAGCCUCACAAGGAUAAUUCUCAAGGCAGUAAGAAGUCUUCACAAAAGAAAGUUUAUAUUGCUGAUGAUGAGGAGGAGGAUGAAAUGCUUGGGGGUUUGUUGUUGGUGAUGAGGAUGUGGGCCAUGAGGAAGAAACGAACGGUGACGAUGAAGAAGAGGAAGAAUUUUUGGGUCAAGUCACAGUAUUCUGUAUAA